CCUCACAAGUUGCAGUCGAAAUGACGCUGCUUCCUGGAGACGCACGUUUUUUUAUUUAAAUUAUUACCCUUCUCAGAAAUGGCGGCUUCUUUGCUUUCUCCUUCAGCAGCAAACUACAAAUGGUAUUUUACCCGGGAACAGAUCGAGAAUAACCCGUCAUGUCGUGCGGGGCUUGACCCCGAUAAAGAACUUUCGUACAGACAACAAGCUGCCAAUCUGCUGCAGGACAUGGGACAACGACUCAAUGUGUCCCAGUUAACUAUCAACACUGCCAUCGUGUACAUGCAUCGCUUCUACAUGAUACAGUCCUUCACCCGCUUCCACAGAAAUGUAAUUGCUCCCGCCACCCUGUUCCUCGCUGCGAAGGUGGAGGAGCAGCCCCGUAAGCUGGAGCAUGUGAUCAAGGUGGCCCACGCAUGUCUGAACCCGCAGGACCCCUCCCCAGACACCAGGAGUGAUGCUUACCUGCAACAAGCCCAAGACCUGGUCAUUCUUGAGAGCAUUAUACUCCAGACCCUGGCAUUUGAAAUCACCAUCGACCAUCCACACACACAUGUUGUGAAGUGCACCCAGCUUGUCCGAGCCAGUAAGGACUUGGCCCAGACGUCAUAUUUCAUGGCUACCAACAGCCUCCACUUGACCACUUUCUGCCUGCAGUACAGCCCCACCAUUGUGGCCUGCGUGUGCAUCCAUCUUGCCUGCAAGUGGUCCAACUGGGAAAUCCCUGUCUCCACCGACAGCAAGCACUGGUGGGAGUACGUGGACCCCACGGUCACCCUAGACCUGCUGGAUGAGCUCACACAUGAGUUUCUGCAGAUCCUGGAGAAGACGCCCAACCGUUUGAAGCGCAUCCGAAACUGGAAGGCAGCGGGUCAGACAGUGAGGAAGACGAAGGCGGAGGGGGAAGGAGACCAGGCUGACGCUAUAAUGAGCAUGAUUUCCAGGUCUUCGUCGGAGAGGACAUUGGCCGGCCUCAUGAGCCUCUCUGCUCCCCCUGGCAUGUCCUCCUCAUCCUAUGCCUCCUCAGCCACCCACUCUCAGGAGGAGAAGGAUCGCGGUGUGGUGGGCAGGGCCAGAGUUGGCACCGAGCUCAACCACGAGCCUGGCGUCUUCUCCCAGGGCCUGCACGUGCCCGCCAAGGUGACCCUGAGCGAGUAUCGUGCUAAGCAUGCUGAUGUGCUGGCAGCACAGAAGCGCAAGCUGGAGAGCAUGGAGGCCAGUGUGAAGAGGGACUACGCCUCGGCUGCCCAGGCCCUCAUCAGCCAGCAGAGGAAGGACAGGCAGCAGGCAGGAUCGCACACUGCGGGCACAGCCCAUGAUCCCCACAACGCCUCUAUUGCUGCUGUCAGAAUGCUGUCAGAGAAGGAGCGGCAGGACCGCAACUCGCUGAAGAUGCGGCUACCGCUGGGUUCAGCAGGAGGUGGUGGACACAGUUCAGGAGGAGGAGGGGGACACAGUUCAGGAGGAGGAAUUGGGAGUCGGGUACCUGAUGACUUCAGAAUGCGACUCCAUGUGUCUGACAGGCGUGGAGGCGGUGUGGAAGAGGGCAAGGGAAGGGACAAACGAAGGGAGAGCUCCCACCACCACCACUCCUCCUCCUCCUCCUACUCCUCCUCCUCACACAGACAUUCUGGCAGUGGGGGUGCAUCGGGGGGGAGCAGCACAAGACCCUCCAGUGGAGCAGACCUCUUCAGAGCGAGCUCCUCUUCCUGUUCCUCCUCCUCCUCCCGAAAGAGACCCCACCCCCAGGAGUCCACCUCAGCCACCUACCCCCCCAAGCCCAGCAAGUCGUCCAGGAGCUCCACCCAGCCACCCCCCCUGCUGGCCCACUCAGGGCCGCCCCGUCACCAGGGACCGCACUCCCACUCGAGACCUGGCAAGGGUGACACCAACGGCCACAGUGCAGCCGGUGGCAGCAGCAGCCAGUCCAGGGAGUUCCAGGACACGUUUGAUAUGUUGAACUCCCUACUGAGUGCCCAGGGGGUGCAGCCGUCCCGGCCAGCUGCCUUUGAGUACCGCUCUCAGUAUGGGGAGUACAGACACCCCAGCAGCUCACGACCCCCACCGCUGCCGGCAGAACCCCCUCCCCAGCUCCCCCCUCUUCCCAAAUAAACUGCAGGGCCUGAAGGUAGAAGUAGUUUCCUUUGGUUCCAGUACACCUCUCUAGGUCACUGACUCAAGCCUAAAUGGCUGUUUUUCCCAGUGUUUGUGUUCGGCAAUGCUCAA